CGCGUCUCAUUCAUUUUUCAACCGCCGAAACCACCGCCUCUCUCACCCGCGCGCGGCGUUUUUCGAUUCUGAUUUUUCUACUACUGUUGCACACACACGCACGCAUACAUACGGACAGAUGUAUGUAGAUGUAUACGUGAGAGUGCCUGCCAGCCACCACCAACACCAGUGCAAUCAAGUGGUGCCCUCACACCCCCAAAAAAAGGAGUAUAUGUAUAAAUAUAUUUUUUAAGUCCGCUCCUGGAGAGCCCCGCAAUAUUUAGGCCAACAAGAGGAACUACCUACCUAAAUGAACGGUGAACGAUAGACUUGGGAACAUUGUCCGUGGCAGCAACUGAAGAAGAUCAUCAACAAACAACAAGAACAACAUCAACCACAUGCCACGCUCAGUGAAAGCAGUCGACAGCAGCAACAACAAUAUGUAGGCGGCACACAGCAGCAGCAGCAGGUGCAACAGCAACAACAACAACAGAAUUCAAUUCAAGAAAGAUUCAAGAACCAGUAGCACCGUCCCAUCCACAACUAUAAGAACACAUUGUUUAAUACAAAAUAUACCACACGGAGGAGGAGCAAAGAGAAGGAUUUUCAACAUCGGAGUCCCGGACAAGCAUGCAGCACGUGAGCGCUGCCAGCUCGGUGCCAUCAGUUGUAGCCCCGGUCGUGACCACUGGUGGAACCACCAUCACCCUCGGCGGACCGCCGCCCUUGCCUAAAUCUGAGAACAAAGAGGAUGGCAAACCGCCGCACGGCAUAGAAAUGUACAAGGUGAACAUUGAGGAUAUCUCCCAGCUGUUUACAUACCACGAGGUCUUUGGAAAGAUCCACGGCGAUGUGGUCAAUCAUCAGCUGGCGGCGGCGCAUGGCGGACAACUGCCGCCGCCACCACCCCUGCCACCGCAGACGCAUGCCGUGAGUGCAGCGGCAGCAGCGGCUGCAGCAUCCACCAAUAAUGCCGCUGUGGCGGCUGUAAUGGCAUCAGCGAAUGCUGCUGCAGCAGCAGCGGCGGCCGCCUCGGCGGCGGGAGGCAACGGCCUGCCGGUGGCGACGAGCUCCGGCGGCCAGCAGGGCAGCGCUACGGUGACCACGACCAGUUCGACGGCGAGCAGUGGCAGCGGCAACAGCGGUAGCGGGGGCACCACAACCACGGCGGGUGAGUUGCUUAUGCCUAAAAUGGAGGGCGGCAUUCAUGGCGUGGACGGGCAGUCGACCGUGGCGCUGGCCCCAGACGGGACGCCCAUUGCGACGGGGACCCAUGUGUGCGACAUUUGUGGCAAGAUGUUCCAGUUUCGGUAUCAGCUGAUCGUGCACCGUCGCUACCACAGCGAACGCAAGCCGUUCAUGUGUCAGGUGUGCGGACAGGGUUUCACCACGUCGCAGGACCUGACACGCCAUGGGAAGAUCCACAUCGGUGGCCCCAUGUUCACCUGCAUCGUGUGCUUCAAUGUGUUUGCCAACAACACCAGUCUGGAGCGGCAUAUGAAACGUCAUUCCACGGACAAGCCAUUCGCCUGCACCAUUUGCCAAAAGACCUUUGCCCGCAAAGAGCAUCUGGACAAUCACUUUCGCUCGCACACGGGCGAAACGCCCUUCCGUUGCCAGUACUGCGCCAAGACGUUCACGCGCAAGGAGCAUAUGGUUAACCAUGUGCGCAAACACACGGGUGAGACGCCACAUCGUUGCGAUAUUUGUAAGAAGUCCUUUACGCGCAAGGAACACUAUGUUAACCACUACAUGUGGCACACUGGUCAAACACCGCAUCAGUGCGACGUAUGCGGAAAGAAAUACACGCGCAAGGAGCAUCUAGCAAAUCAUAUGCGAUCGCACACCAACGAGACGCCGUUCCGUUGCGAGAUCUGUGGCAAGAGCUUUAGCCGCAAGGAGCACUUCACCAAUCACAUACUCUGGCAUACAGCAGGCGAGACGCCGCAUCGGUGCGACUUCUGCUCCAAGACGUUUACGCGCAAGGAGCAUUUGUUAAAUCACGUGCGCCAGCACACGGGAGAGUCGCCUCAUCGCUGCUCCUACUGCAUGAAGACGUUCACGCGCAAGGAGCAUCUGGUCAAUCACAUACGCCAGCACACGGGUGAGACACCGUUCAAGUGCACGUACUGCACGAAAGCGUUCACGCGCAAAGAUCACAUGGUUAAUCAUGUACGGCAACAUACAGGCGAAUCGCCGCACAAGUGCACAUACUGCACCAAGACGUUCACGCGCAAGGAGCACCUAACGAACCAUGUGCGUCAGCACACGGGCGACUCGCCGCACCGUUGCUCCUACUGCAAGAAGACAUUCACACGGAAGGAGCACCUGACGAAUCAUGUGCGCCUGCAUACGGGCGACUCGCCGCACAAGUGCGAGUACUGCCAGAAGACGUUCACACGGAAGGAGCACCUCAACAACCAUAUGCGCCAGCACUCAAGCGACAAUCCGCAUUGCUGCAACGUUUGCAACAAGCCGUUCACCCGCAAGGAGCAUCUGAUCAAUCACAUGUCACGCUGUCACACCGGCGAUCGACCCUUCACCUGCGAGACAUGCGGCAAGUCCUUCCCCCUCAAGGGCAACCUGCUCUUCCAUCAGCGCAGCCACACCAAGGGCCAGGAGAUGGAGCGUCCGUUCUCCUGCGAGAAGUGCCCCAAGAACUUUAUCUGCAAAGGUCACUUGGUCUCGCACAUGCGCUCCCAUUCGGGCGAGAAACCACACGCGUGCACUCUGUGCAGCAAGGCUUUCGUCGAGCGCGGCAAUUUGAAGCGCCACAUGAAGAUGAAUCACCCGGAUGCUAUGAUGCCGCCACCACCCGUGCAUCCGCAUCCGCAAAUACCGGCUGGUGUGCUGACGCAAGUCAAGCAGGAAGUGAAACCGAUCAUAAUUCCUCACCACUCGUCGACCACGAUGCACACCAUCCAGCAGAUCACGGCCGGUGCCGCGAGCGGCGCGGGUGCGGUCCAACUGACGCCGGGUCUGGUGCCGCUGGUCACCUCGACGCUGAUUUCGCAUAACGCUGCCGCCCAGCAGCAGUCGCAGAAGCAGCAGGCCGCUCAGCAACAGGCUGCCGCUGCAGCGGCUGCCCAACAGCAGGCAGCCGCCCAGCAGCAGGCGGCGGCGGCGGCGGCCCAUCAGCAGCACCAGCAACAGGUGGCGGCUCAGCAUCAGCAGCAGGCAGUGGCCGCCCAUCAGCAACAGCAGCAGCAGCUCCAACAGCAGCAGCAACUGCUGCAGCUCUCGAUUCAGCAGGCUGCCCAUCACCAUCAGCAGCAGGAGCAGCACCGUCAGCAGCAGCAUCAACAGCAGCAGCAGCAACACCAUCAGCAGCAGCAGCAGGGCCACCCGCAGGCGCCCCCACCGCCGCAGCAGCAGCAGCAGCCACCGCCACAGGUGCCUAUCGCCUUGAUCAGCGAUCCCAGUGCCCUCGCCCGUGCUGCCAUGCAGCUGCAGCAUUUGCCGGCCAAUGUCGAACAGCAUCCGGUGGUUUACUAACAGUAGCCCCCCCUCCUGCACGGCUAUGCUCCCACCACAGCCCACAGUACCAGCAGCAGCAGCACCACCACCUCAACACUAACCACAACGUCGACGGCGGCGUGGUGAGAGCUGAAGCAAUCAGCAUCAUUGAUCCGCACCCCCCAUCCCAUAUAAGCAGCUAGUUAUACAAUAGUUUUUAACAGCGCGCUGGUUACGCGUACGCGUAGAUUACAGAACAACAGGACGCUGUAUCCUGUAUUCCUGCAGUCUUCCUUCUCUCUUUCGUCUCUAACUUUCCCGCCAAUCCUAUAUUCAAUACGUCAUCCACACCUUCGUCUGCUUCCGCCGCCAGCUUUAACGUGCAAUACGAAUCAUCUCAUAGUUUGUUCUCGCCCCUUGGUCUCUAUCUCUCUCUCUGUGUAUCUUUAAUGCUUUGGGCGCUUAGCGUCCAUUUUAUUCCACGUGUUUUCAACAUUUCUGAAAUGUGUGCAAGGCGGCGGUUUGCGCGAUUUUGUUGUCAGGAUGGUGUUUGGUAUUAGGAGAGGGGUUUUCCAUUUAGCUGUGCUAAAUCUAUCCAUCGGACUUCACUUUUUUCCCACUUUUUGUGAAACCUUUCACCUGGAGAGUUUGUCUGUAACCAGCAGCAGAAGCGCGCCUCAUCAUGUAUUUUAUAUUGUGUUUCGACUAAGUUAUGAUUAUAUUCAUAUAGAGAGCGACAUUCAUAGAAGCAUCCUCAUCAAACGUAACCAUAUGCAGAUACACAUACUAUACAUAUAAUUAUCUUAUGUAUAAAUUAUAGUUUGUAAAUAACACGCAUCAGAAUCCUUGGAAAUCGAUCGAAAAUCUACAAUCACACAUGUAUUAGUUUUGCAUUUUCCAAGGCGAGAGAAUCAUAUAUGUAACACACACUUUCAUCGUAUAUACAUAUAUAUAUAUACAUAUAUUAUUAAAACCCCCGCAGUGGAUAUGCGGGGGCCCCUAAAACCCCAGUUUUAAUAUCAUUAAUAACCCUCUGCUGAUGAUUUUGAGGAUGAAUGAUGAGAUAAGACGCAUAUUGAGCGUACGAUUACGAUAUACAUAUACAGAAAUAUGACGAGGAAAGUCUAGGGAUAAGUCAAAAGCAACAAAAACUAAUGAGAGAAAGAGAAAAGAAUAAGGAAAACAACAAAUUAUUAUAUUUAAUGUUAGUUGAACUACUAAAAGUAAUAAUUGAGGAGGCAGGAUGGAUAAUGAUAAGAUUGAGUACGAGAUGAGGAUCGUACGGCAGUGGACGAUAGAGCGGAUGAGAAAAAUGGAGGAUCUGUAGAUCGAAAUAGAUUUUAGUUGGGCGUGUGCCGCCCGCUAUCAUUAUGAUUAAAAUUACGAUUACAAUUACGAUUAUGAUAUAUGAAUACUAAAACCUAUAACAACAAGUUAUUACCCCACUAUUAAAGUUAACAAAAACCACAACCACAGUCCCCGAAAGAAAAAAACAACCAACAACCCAUACCCCCGCAUACAUAUAUACAUCUAUAGUAUAUAUGAAUAUGACGACUAGGCACAACUCUAAAAUUAUAAUUAAUUAUAACCCUAUAAACUGUGCUUAUGUUGAAAACAGUUGAAAAACAACCACACAACAAGAACACGUUGAAACGAAAGCGAAAACAAAGCGAAACGAUAAUGAAGAACGCCCCAAGCGCCACAAGCAAAACAACAUAUCUGCUUUAAAUUUUACAAAAACAACAAAAAAACAAUAUGAAAAAUCGAAAAAAAAAAUAUAUAUACAAAUACAAAACUAUUAUUAAAGAUGAGUCAACAUUUUAAUUAUUUCAAGAAGAAACACCCCACACAAACACACACACACACAUUAUGCUUCCUUUUAAAUGCAACAUUUUAUACAUUUAAUUUUUUUAAUGGAUUAAAUGCUUGACAUACAAUUUUAAUAUAAUUUAAAAAUCUGUAAUUGUACCACAAAUAAACGGCAAAUCUAACACUGUUUGUUUGACGACAUUUUAAGAUGCAAUUUCGUUUUAUUUAAUUGUUUAAUUUUUAAAAAUAAUUUAAAUACCGAAUAUCGACAGACAGCAAAGUGAGAGUUUUUUAAAUACACUAAGAAUGCAGGGAACAAUUGAAAAUUGUAACAAACAAAAAAUUAACAAAUCAUUUCAUCAUAUGCAAGAUGUUCUAAGCUUAGUUUUAGUGCGAGACUUUUAUUUUGAAAGAUUUUAGUUUGUCACUUUUGGAAUUAGAUGAUUUUGGCUACAGUAUAAACCCACUUAAACACACACACACACACAGUGACACUCGUAUGUAUUGAUGUAGUCGUUUAUGCGUGUUAGUUUUUGGUGUUUUUUAAAUUUCUGGUGAUGUGUAUAGAGCGCAGUUUUGAGAAUGCAUAUAGAGUAUAUAAAUACAUAUAUAUUGUACGAUUAUUAACUAAUGAUAUAACGUGUAGCAAGCGAAGGCAAUUUUAAGUACCAACCAGAAGAAAUUCUAUUGUGUGGCAAUAUUAAAAACGAAUGAAAUGGCAAACAUUAAGAUUUAUUUGUAAGUUGCGUAGUGAAUAAACGUGAGAAUAGUAAUAGGUGUAUGCCUCUCUAUCACCCCAAACAAACAUAAACACUCUCGAACAUAUUGAUUAUUAACAAUUAACCGGCAAAGUGCUGUAAAUGUUUCCUAAACGCAGCGGGAAGUCUUGGGAAGAGGAAAGAGGAAAAAAGGAGAUUUGAGAAAGAAAGCAUACGCUUGGAAUGCCCCCAUAAAUUAACAUACAAUUUAGAAGCAACAAACAAACAGUAACAAUACUAAAUAGAAACAAUAAUGUACUAUAAAUCAGAUA